AUGGUGUCCACGAGAAGUUAUAAUAAUGAAGAAGAAGAAGGCUCCGAGUCGUGUUUUGAUAAGACCAGAUUGAAAUUGGAAAAAUUAUCACUCAAAGAGAAGAAGAGUUCAAGUACUUCGCAUGAUGCAUCCAAUGUUUGUGUGAUGGCUUCAACGUUUACAUGGACGAACAUUCCUUUCACGCUUCCUUCAACCAAUGAAUUUCAUAUCUUGGUGUUUGAUUUUAAAUAUAUACAAAUAUUGGGAGUCGGUAAAGCUUUGAUUCCAGUGGAUGAAUAUGGACGGCUCAUGUUCUUGCCUGAUAAGUCCUUCCACAACACGUCAGGAAUUCAAAGCAAAAUUCUUUCCCUUGAAAAAUCUGACACAAUUCUAGAUUGUCAAACGUGUGACAUUGGUGGCAGCACUGAAAUUUCCAACAUCUUGUCAAUGAGUCUGUUUUAUGAACAAGUAGUACAAACUGAAGUGCGUUACAAAACUCUAGACUUUAGAACUCACAAUUUUGAACCUCACGAGUAUUAUGCAAGUAUGGAUUUUGUGAUGGUGAUUUCACGUGAUAGGAAUAAGCUGAUGGUAGUAGAAGUAGGAGACAAAAUGUGUACCUUCACGUACAAGCAUGCAAUUGUCAGAGUUGCAACAAGCCCUAUCGCUGAGCGAUUUGUUGUUGAGCUUUCUGAUGGUUCUAUUUUGAUUAAUGGAAUACUUAAGAACAACUUCUUAUCAGGUAUUCCAAUGAAAUUCAUCAGCUGUUGCAAUCCUGCCAUAAGCUUCUUUUCAAAAAAGGGACAGUAUUAUGGUUUCGGAAAUGGAACAAGCAACUUGUUUGGAAUUGCUGAGAAUGAACAUAAUCCAUCAAAACAUUCACUUCCUGUUGGAACAACUGAUAUUUAUCAAGUGAACUUUCAAUUGCCUGGUUCUGUGAAAAAUAUGAAGAGUGGGUUUUACACAAACAUAUUUCUAUUGGAUGAUGGAUCUGUUUUUGGCUGUGGUUAUAAUUGCAAUGGUCAAGCCACUGGCUCUGUCCAGCCACACGGCAAUCCAGGUCUCACUAAAUUUUCGUUACCAUGGAAAACCAACGAAAAUAAGGAAAUUGUUGAUAUGGGAUGUACUUCUAUUGGAACAUAUUUUACCACUAUGGAUGCUCGAAAAACCAAACACACGUAUUUUGUCGGGGAUGUGGUUAAAAGUUUUGAUCCUGCCAAACUUUACAGCACCUCACCGUCUGUGUAUCUUUUGGAUUGGGAAGCCCUUGAGAAUGAAUUGAGAGGUUUUGAUUUUGUGAGCCAUCUUGCACUCCCUAAUGAAAUCGUUCCAGGUGGUUGGUUUUAUUGCAUUGCUUUCAAUAGAAAUCAGCAUCGUGGAUUCGUUUACGAGAAGUAUUUGAAAAAACGAUUACAAACACUUGUUCAUUGGGAGGAGCAUGAAGAAUUGCAUGGCAAGAAUAUUUUCUCAGAUUGUAUAUUCAAAUUUGAAAAGUAA